AUGGCGCGCCGAACCCUCCAAAAUGACCAAAUAGUCAAACUCAUCGUCGGCGCCGGGCAAGCCUCGCCCUCACCCCCCGUCGGCCCGGCGCUGGGAAGCAAAGGCGUCAAAUCGAUGGACUUUUGCAAAGAGUUCAACGCGCGCACAACAAACUAUACCCCCGGCACGCCCGUUCCCGCCCGCGUCACCGUCCGCCCCGACCGCAGCUUCACCUUCGAACUGCGCACGCCUCCCACCGCAUCCCUCUUGCUCGCCGCAGCCGGCGUGAACCCGACGAAGAACAAACUCAAAGGCGCGGGCAACACGCCAGGACCACACAGCAAGCUUGGGCUAGAGGGGAGGGGGAAAGCGAGUUUUGCCAGCGCGGUGCCGGGGAAUGCUGGGAUGGGGAGUGUGGGGAGUGUGAGUCUGAAGCAUGUGUAUGAGAUUGCGAGGAUCAAGCAGGGGGAGACAAGGCUGGCAGGGGUGGGGUUGGAGGGGUUGGUGAAGAGUGUAAUUGCGCAGGCGGGGAGUAUGGGGGUGGUGGUUGUGCCGUAG